AGCAGUACAGAAGCUCGAAGAGGAAAAGAACAGACACACUCCCGUCUGAAUAUAUCCUCCGCGAGCCGCCGUACAAACGCCCGUUACGCGUUCCGUUUCCUUUUCCGGCUCCUUCCAUCCGCCCCACAAGCCACCGCGGCGGACCGCUGCUGCCCAGUCCUCCGUGCUUCUAUGUAUGCCUUAAGCGCUUCGUUUCCUCGUUCGAACCAGUAGGUGGCGCUGUCCGUCGAGCUGCCAGGCCGAGGCCCUCUGUUUCCCAGGCUCCUGCGCACCGGCCCAGACCGACCGAGUGCCACGUCCUUAGUGGGGCGGCGAGGAGAAGGAGGAGGCGGCCGCCGGGCUUGAGCCAUGGGCUCGUCGCAGAGCGUGGAGAUUCCCGGCGGGGGCACCGAAGGCUACCACGUCCUGCGAGUGCAAGAAAAUUCGCCAGGACACAGAGCUGGGCUGGAGCCGUUCUUUGAUUUUAUUGUUUCUAUUAACGGUUCAAGACUAAAUAAAGACAAUGACACCCUCAAGGACCUGUUGAAGGCAAAUGUGGAGAAGCCUGUGAAGAUGCUGGUCUACAGCAGCAAGACGCUGGAGCUCAGGGAGACGUCAGUGACUCCCAGCAACAUGUGGGGCGGGCAGGGCCUUCUGGGGGUCAGCAUUCGUUUUUGCAGCUUUGACGGCGCCAAUGAAAACGUCUGGCAUGUGCUGGAAGUUGAACCAAAUUCUCCUGCUGCACUGGCAGGCCUUAGACCUCACAGCGACUACAUAAUUGGAGCAGAUACUGUCAUGAAUGAGUCCGAAGACUUGUUUUCUCUUAUUGAGACACAUGAGAGCAAACCAUUAAAACUUUAUGUUUACAACACGGAUACAGAUAAUUGCCGAGAGGUCGUUAUUACCCCGAACUCCUCGUGGGGUGGAGAAGGAAGCCUAGGCUGUGGCAUUGGUUAUGGAUACCUGCAUCGAAUACCGACACGCCCAUUUGAAGAGGGGAAGAAAAUUUCUCUCCCAGGACAAUUGUCUAAUACAUCUAUUAGCCCACUCAAAGAUGGCUUUACAGAAGUUCAGCUGUCUUCUGUUAACCCCCCACCCUCAUUACCACCUGGAACAACAGGAAUCGAACAGGGUCUGGCUGGACUCUCCGUUAGCUCAACUCCUUCCGUCACAAAUGUGCUCAGUACAGGUGUUCCUACAGUACCAUUGUUGCCACCGCCAGUAAGUCAGACUCUUGCUUCGAUGCCACCCAUUAAUUCAGCAACUACGUUACCGGGACUGAUGCCUUUACCAACAGGGCUUCCCAAUCUGGGUAGUAUCCCAAACCUUAAUUUGCCCGCCCCACACUUAAUUCCUGGUCCUGGAUUAACAGAACUCGGGCAUCCUGGUUUGCCGCCACUUCCUUCCUUGCCACCUCUGAAUCUCUCCGGAAUAGCACCUCUGUCACCUGAAUUCCUUGCACAAUUUCCAUUGGUCCCAGAAGUCUCUGCCCCCCCACCUGCCGACCUACUUGCCUCCACUCCCCAGAUGGGGAGCUUAUCUACCAAUCCUGGCACUACUGUAAGCAUGGAACGAACAUCUGCGUUCACCCUCGAUACUACACCGAGCCCUCCAGCUGCCAAGGCACUUGUCCCUGAAGAGAGAGGUGACGGAGCCCCCACGCUCAAUGAAAACGCAACUCCAUUGACCACAGAGCCAGCCUCGACCGAAUCAUCGUAACUCAACGACGAUUGAAUUGGGCUUUGCUGUAUUUAUUCAGUGGCAGGAUAAAUAUUUAAAAAUACAAGCUAGCCUGAAUUUCCUGCAAGGCUUGUAUUUUGCUAUUAGGAUUCCUGUAAAUACGCUCUGGGUGACACCAUUAAAGAAGACCUGGGAUUUUUACAAUGUACUUGGUGUGGGGAAGGGGGAAAGUGCUUAUAUUUAAAAAAGAAA